GACUGUCGUCAUCAAGGAAACGGACGUGCGAGCGUCAUCUUUAUUGCCGCUGCCGUAUGUUAAAUAAGAGAGAAAGUCAAGUAGCGUUUCAUUCGAUCAAAACACAAAAGAAAGUUUGUAUCAACGCUCCGACCAGAAGAGAUAGCAAAGUGACGAGAAAACAUCUUCAUAUACAGCAAGUUUAAAUCAACGCUCUAACCAGAAGUGAUAGCGAAGAGACGACAAAUACAUCUUCACACAGCAAAUUUACGAACGCUCCAACCAGAAGAGACUGCAGAGACAAGAAAUAUAUCUUCAUACAGCAAGUUAAAAUCAACGCUCUAACCAGAAGAGACAGCAUAGAAACAAAAAAUAAAUCUUCAUUUGUGUGUUUGAAGUUGUGAAAAAAUGUCCAUAAAGAAGUUGGCAAAAGCACUAAGCUUUAAAAGAAACAAAGGCAUGACAAUGAAAUCAGAUACAAAGAAGACCCUCAAUAUCGUGACGGUAGGCGACGGAGACACCGGCAAAACGUGUCUGUUGAUGUCGUUCAAAGGAGAAAGAUUUCCAACUAAGUAUAUCCCGACGGUCUUUGAAACGUACACACACGAUUUGCAUAUCGAGGGGGUGGACAUAGAAGUUGGUCUGUGGGAUACGGCGGGUCAAGAGGGGUAUGAUCGCUUACGUCCUCUUGCCUAUCCAAAGUGUGACUGUUUUGUGAUAUGCUACGCUAUCGACAAUCCAGACUCCCUGUCAAAUGUUCGUGAAAAGUGGUUACCUGAACUGGAGCGUUACAGCCCACACGUACCACGGAUAUUGGUCGCAACAAAAAAGGACAUUCGUCGAAGGACCUUGGCAAUCAUGGAUUUUUUGAACGGUAAUAAAGCGCAUAAGAUUGUGAGCUAUGAAGAAGGUUUGUGUAUGGCGGCGAGUAUUGGAGCGACGAGAUUUAUAGAGACAUCUGCUUUGUUAAAUGAUGGCGUCAGGGAAGCUUUUGAAGAAACGUCGAGAGUGGCGUUGGAAGCAAAAAAAAGAAAGAAGGAGAAGGGACUCAAAAGGAUUAAAGGACGUUUUGUCAUGUAAGCAAUUCACAUGUUCUCUCUGUAAAUGAGAAGAAAUGAAAAUUGAAGUAAAAGUUGCCUGUCCACUGUGUGAUUUUGAAACGUGAACGGUAAAUAUUUGUCGCAAUGCAUGAUGGGAAGGCCUAGUUUAAUGAAUAGUUAUUUAUUACCACGAACGGUAUUUAUUAUAAAGUAUUGAGUGUGACAUAUCUGUACCUAUAUAUACAUGUAUAUUUAUACUAAAUAAAUGUAAAUAAGAUAAAUUAACUGUUGCAAGAACAGGAAUAAAAUGAAUUCAAGAAACCGUA